CAACAAUGGAAGAGUACGACGAGAGCGAAGUGCUGAUCGCGUCGGCCUCUGCGCCAGCGAGCCUGACUGCGGACGGCGGCAGGAAGAAGAAGAAGAAGAAGCCUGCCAGCAACAGCACCAACACUGCCACCAACGACAGCAGUGCACACAAGAAGCAGGCGACGCAGCAGCUGCAGGAGCCAUUCGACCAGAACCAGAACGAGGACGAGGAGAAGGAGGAAGACGGCGGCAACAAUCGGCACGAGGACAGCAGCAAGGCGCCGUCGUUCGACCGCUCGCGGGCAUCCAGCGGCCAUAGCUACGGCACAGACAACUCCAGCAUCAACGGUGGCACCGCGACGCCGGUCGGUGGGCUCGCUCGCUUCCCGCGCACAGAGUCCAAGACAAUGCUCGUUCAUGAAGACAAGGCACCGCUACUGCGCGAUGAGACUGAGGAUCGCAUCUUGUCGUCGCACGGACUUGGCGGUGGCGGUCAUGCCCACGGAUUCAUCUCGGAGGGUCGCAUGCGCACUACAACCGUCUCUCAGACAAUGCUGAACCUUGUCAAGUCGUACAUUGCCUCCGGCAUUCUUGGUUUGCCGUAUGCCUUCAUGCAAAGCGGUGUUGUGGCCUCUGUCAUCAUCAUGGUCAUUCUGGUCGCCAUGUCCAUGCACUGCAUGCUGGUUCUUGUUGACUGCAAGUACAAGCUGAUCAAUCAGGGCGCCGUUACCUACGCCGAUGUCGCUAUUUUGACUUAUGGGCGAUACAUGGGAUACCUCGUCGACUUUUUGGUCUGUUUCACCCAAUUCGGCUUUGCUGUCGUGUAUAUGGUCUACGUGUCAACGAACUUGGCAAGCUAUUGGGAUAUCGACCACGCUCAAGUGUAUAUUCUCUUGAUGCUCUUCCCGUUGUUUGUGGGCAUGUCCUGGAUUCGCCAAAUGCGCUGGAUUGGCCCCGUGUCUGCGUUUGCCAACCUCUGCCUGCUUACUGGCGUGGCUGUUGUCAUUGGAGCGUCCAUUCAACAGCUCGCCCAUGGCGUGCUUGAAAACACGGGAACCAUUUCCAUCUUCGAUGCGGGCGGCCUGCCCAUUACGUUCGGCAUGUGUGUCUACGCCAUCGAGGGCAUCGGUGUGAUUCUGCCCUGCGAGACGGCAAUGAAGGAGCCCAAGCACUUCCCCAAGGUGCUCUGCCUCAGUCUUGGCUUUGCCGGCUUGUGCUACGUCUUUUUCGGAAUUCUCGUGUACUGCUCGUUCGGCGAUCAGAUCUCCGACCAGCUCCUCGACACCAACUCGACCAUUCCCCUGUUCGUCGCAGCUGCGGGUCAGCCAUGGCCGGCCUUUGAGAACAUUUCGCGCAUCAGUCUCGUGAUUGCCAUCUUCCUCUCCUUCCCUAUUCAGCUCUUUGUUGUGAUUGAUAUUCUGGAAGAGGCCAUGUUCAAGCGUGUCUCGACCCACCGCCGUCUGCUGAAGGAAAACAUUGGCCGCUUCCUGCUUUGUGUGCUCGGUGCUGUGAUUGCUCUUACGGUGCCCAAGUUCAGCCUGUUGAUCAGUCUUAUCGGAGCGAUGGGCGGCUCGACGCUGCAGUUCGUGCUGCCAAGUAUUUUCCACCUGCGACUCUUCCCGGAAUCGUCAACUCCCCGCAAAGCCCUCUCCAUCUUUUACAUUUUGUUUGGACUAGCAGGCGGAUCCUAUGGCACGUAUGACACAAUCAACAAGCUGGUAGAGCAGCUCUAACGUGUCGUUAACACAAAUCUAUUUCUAAAAUUUUGUCGUUGCGAUUUUUUUUUCUUUUGCUUGAGCGUCCUCCUCGUUUGUUGUUUUUCGGCUUGUUCUUGGGGUUUUUUUGUGUGUGUGUCUGUUUUCUGUGAUUUGUUUGAUGAUAAAAGGGGCUUGUACCUUCCA